AUGGUCAACUCCUGUUGUGGCUCCAUCUGCUCUGACCAGGGCUGUGGCCAAGGCCACUGUCAAGAGACCUGCUGCCAACCCAGCUGCUGUCAGACCACCUGCUGCAGGACCACCUGCUGCAGACCCAGCUGCUGUGUGUCCAUCUGCUGCAGGCCCAGCUGCUGUGUGUCCAGCUGUGGCAGGCCCACCUGCUGCCGUCCCAGCUGCUGUACUUCCAGCUGCUGCCGCCCUACCUGCUGUGUAUCCAGCUGCUGCCGUCCCAGCUGCUGUCGUCCAAUCUGCUGCCAGACUACCUGCUGCCGUAGCACCUGCUGUCGCCCAAGCUGCUGUGGAUCCUCUUGCUGA